GGAGGGCGGGGGCCGGGCAGAGCCGCCGCGGCCUCGGCAGCAGCUGCAGCCGGAGCGGCGCGGGGGGCCAGGCCCCCGCCAUGGAGAUCGAGAAGGAGUUCCAGCGGCUAGACCAGGCCGCCAGCUGGCCCGCCAUCUACCAGGACAUCAGGCAUGAAGCCAGUGAUUUUCCAUGUAAAGUGGCCAAACAUCCCAGAAACAAAAAUAGAAAUAGGUACAGAGAUGUCAGCCCCUUUGAUCACAGUCGAAUUAAGCUAAACCAAGGUGACAAUGACUAUAUCAAUGCUAGUUUGAUAAAAAUGGAAGAGGCCCAAAGGAGCUACAUCCUUACCCAGGGACCUUUGCCAAAUACUUGUGGUCACUUUUGGGAGAUGGUUUGGGAACAGAAAAGCCGUGGUGUUGUCAUGUUGAACAGAGUGAUGGAAAAGGGAUCCGUAAAGUGUGCACAGUACUGGCCACGGAAGGAAGAGAAAGAAAUGUUUUUUGAAGAUACAAACUUGAAACUAACCUUGAUAUCUGAAGAUAUCAAAUCCUACUACACAGUACGACAGCUGGAAUUGGAAAACCUGACCAGCCAGGAAACUCGAGAGAUUCUGCACUUUCACUACACCACCUGGCCCGACUUUGGGGUGCCGGAGUCGCCGGCGUCGUUCCUGAAUUUCCUGUUCAAGGUGCGGGAGUCGGGCUCGCUGAGCCCCGGGCACGGCCCGGUCGUGGUGCACUGCAGCGCUGGCAUCGGCCGCUCGGGCACCUUCUGCCUGGUGGACACCUGUCUGCUGCUGAUGGACAAAAGGAAAGAUCCUUCUUCCGUGGACGUCAAGCAGGUUCUCCUGGAGAUGAGGAAGUACAGGAUGGGGCUCAUCCAGACUGCAGACCAGCUCCGCUUCUCCUACCUAGCUGUUAUUGAAGGGGCAAAAUUCAUCAUGGGAGAUGCUUCAGUGCAAGAGCAGUGGAAAGAGCUCUCCAACGAAGACCUGGAGCCACCCCCUGAGCACACCCCCCCACCUCCCAGGCCCCCAAAGAGAACCUCAGAGAUGCACAAUGGGAGGAUGCACGAGCACCCAGAGCUCCUGGGCAAGCCCCAGGCAGUGGAGGAGGAGAUCAGGAGCUCGCUCAGCAGCAUGGAGGAGGCAGCUCCAGACAGCAGGGCCCGCUCAGCUGCGGCCCCCAGCACAGACAGCACUAGUCACGACACUGAAGCCCGGAGGAGACCUGUUGGGGACACCCCGCGGCUCUCGCCCCGCAAGGAGGAGUCCGUGAAGGAGAACUCGGAGGAGGAGGAUGAGAACGUGGUGGCCACUUGGAAGCCCUUCCUAGUGAAUAUCUGCAUGUUCACUUUCCUCACGGCAGGAGCUUAUCUCUGCUACAGGGUGUGUUUCCACUGAGCAGCGGCAGGAGCGCCGCUCCCGGCUCGCGCUCGGCUCCGCGGAGCCCCUCCAGGCAGGGCAGCCUUGGCUCAGAGCAGGUAGAUUUAGGGGGAAAGGCCAGAACUUUGGGUAGGGCUUCAUGAGAGAAUUGAUGCACUAGGGUUUUAUCCAGCCCUGUGGUCCCAAGAACAUAAUAUUGUAAUCUCAGGGCCUUGAAAUAUUCAGGAGUAAGCAGAGAAAAUGCCAAAUAGUCUGUUUUCCUUUUUUGUUUUUUUUUGGUUUGUUUUUUUUUUUUUUUCUAAACUAAAUAAUAGAAUUACAACACAUUGUUGUUUUUAGCCUUUUUUAAAAAGCCAGUUCAUUUUCUUUUGUUUCAGAAAAACUAGGCACAAGUGAAACUUGCUUGUACUCUCCAAGUGUUGUAACCAAAUACAUGACUUACAUUGACAAGUUCCCAAAAAAAGAAAAAGAAACCCACAUACCUGAAGAAUGUAAACUUUUGGAAGGGGAGGUGUGUUUGUGGUUGGUUUUUGGUUUGUUUUUUGUCUUUUUUUAAAUUUGCUUCAUCUUUAAAGACUGAGUUGUGGGCAGUGCCUGUGGUAUUGAUAUAUUUAAUCUUGGCAUAACUGUUCUUGAAGAGCUGAUUGUUUUACUUGUGUUGAUAGAACCAGGCUUCUGCAUUUGCUCAGGGUAUCCCAACACGUCCAGCUCUUUGAUUUUUUUUCCUUUUUUUUUCCUUUACUAAGUGUAUCUCCUCAUUGACUUUUGUUGCACUCUACUUGCACAUAUGCCUCUUUACAUUGCACCAUCCUUUCUAAAGCUGUUUUUACUUUUAUAUUCUGGCUUGGGAGAGGUCGAGGGGGGGGAGAGAAACAGGAAAGGGAAAUUCAACCAAACCAUGUCCACCAGCAGUGGGGCCAUGCCCGUGGCCCAUGGAAGGACCAGUCCUUAAACCUCAGCAUUUGGAAUGUAAAAUGCAGUUUCACUCUGCAGCUGCUCCCUCAGGCCCAGCGUGGCUCUGAGCAGGGAAACACUGGGGAGAGCCAGAGCAAUCCCUGCUGGGGCAGCUUCCCUUGGCCAGGAGCAGGCCAGCAGAGCCGUGCUGGGCUCUGAACAGCCCCUUGGCUGUGAUGGCAGUGCUGGUGUGUCCUGCUUUGCUGGAAGCAGAGAUCCCUGUUCUGGCUCUGGCAGCCACGGCUCAGCCCCGUGGGGUCCCACAGCAGCCAGGGCUCAGGGGCUGCAGUGCUGCUAGGGGAGGGUGGGGCUGUGUGGGGAGGACUGGCACUGGAAGGCAGCAUUGCACCAAGCAGCCAGUGCUGUUCCUCGGGGUAAUACCAAAUUAUUAAUAGUUUCAACAAUAAUAGCAAAGAUUUCUUUGCUUGUGUCGUGGUGCAGAGGACAGGAGCAAAGUCACUCCUGGGAGUUGUAGUAAUUGAACUGCCCCAUGACAGCUGAUCUACAGCAGUGUUACUGAUUUGUUUUAUUUCUAAAGUCUUUCUAGAUCUAUAGCACUUAACCACCCUCAGUGCAGCCCUGGCUGUGGAGGAGCCCAGGGGAGCCCCUCCACGCCGUAUUUAUUUUUGCCAAGCUGGCUGUAGGUGUAGCUCUUCCUUCAGUGGGUGAGUAGGUGAGGGGGUGGGGGGAGGUGGGGGUUACUUCUAUUCUGUGUUUUGUUAAGCUUGCAUCAAGGGCUUUUCAAGAGUACAAUAAUAAAUCCUCAGGUAGUACUGGGAAUCAAUCCUUUACCUGUGAGACUGUUGGUCAGACCAGUACUUGAAAGGAGGAAUGUUGUAAUCAGUCAAUAUUUAGUUAUAUUAUUGGAAACAGGAAAAAUGAGUAUAGAAAAAUGGUAAUAUAUAAUGGCUCAUCUGUGUAUUUAAGAUACAUUCUGUGAUUGCUUUGUCCCCACUGUUCUCUGCAGCGUGGGCAGGACCCUGCCCUGAGGCACCAUUUGUACCCCUUUGUAUUAAAGUGCAUGUGAAGUCUGCGGUGUCCCGGUGAAACACCACCUGCUUGAAAGGUGACAGAACUUAUAUUCCUGCUUCCUGAUGUGCCCAAAUGAUAUUUGCAUGACCUGAUCCUUAGUGGCUGUGGUUCAGAGGGCGUUGCUGAGUCUCUGUUCAGCACUGGACCGAUUGGUGUUUAUCAGAGCCCGUGUACUCGCCUAAUCCUUGGCAUGACUUCCCGUGGGAUCCCGUGUGCUCCGUGUGCCCGGUGGUAGCAUGUUCCUUUCAGCUGAGUGAGUGUAGUACAGACAUUCCAGAGAGCUCAGGCAGCCCUUCCACACCUCCCCUGGCCCUGGGACACCUGGGGAAAGAAACAAACCCACCCCAGCUCUGGCCCCCUUCCCAAGAGGGAACAUUUUAAAUCCUAGGUAUGGCAGGAAAAGAAUGGAUGCUUCCUUUGAAUACAGAGUUAUUCAAGUACAAAUGGUUCUUGGUGCCUGUUUCUUUCCGGUGUUCCAGGCCCAGCUCUGACCCUGUCUGGGACACAGUGACUGUGCCCAGAGCCCAGGGAGGUGUGGGCAGGGCUGGCAGUGCUGAGCUGUGCCCAUUUUGUUUGCUGUCCUGUACUGUCUGUGGUAGUUGGGGGGUGUAUAUACCGUAGCACAGUGGGGUGUUGGGUAACCUGUUCUUGGAAAUGGACAAACAUCCAUGUUAGACUCGUUAGAAAGUUAGUGAGCUGCUCUGCUAUCUGCCUUAAGCAAAUAUUUACUCAUCAGGUCUUUCUUUUUUACAGAUUGCCAUAGAAUAAACUUUUAUAAAAAAAUAUGUAAAAACUCAACAAAAAAGCUGAAUGUUUUGGUAUAAUACAGUUUCAGGUAUCUUGUCUUUUGUGUAAGCCGCUGCUGGGUCUCCCAGGUUAGAGUACAACUGUACAGUUUUUCAAUCUCCCAUACAAGUUUUCAGUUCUCAUUUUAGUUGUAACAAUAAAACUCUUUUUUUAAAGAACUCACUUGAAUGUGUUAUUGCUUCUGGGCUGGGUCCAUGGGCUCCUGCUUGACCCACGUGCACAGGAGGGCUGAGGGGGUGGGUUCAGAGAGUAAAGGCAUUUAAAUGGUGCUGGAAGAACUUCUGGAGGCAGAGCUCCAGUAAAAGAGUAGAGGAUCCCCAUCCCUCCCUGUGCUUAAAUGUUAAGGGUAAGAAGUGCAGGAACUCCAGCACCCUGGGUGGUUUCUGCAGGAGCUGAUGCUGACCCUGGUUGCAGCUGCAGCAUGCACAUCCUGAUGUUUGAAUUCCAGUACUUACCUUUGGUUUACAUUUUUAGGGAAACUUACAGCUGGAGGAGGGAGUUCACCAAAGUAGAGCAGGACAGGGCAGAUCAGGGCCUUGUCCCUUGGGGGUUUAGUGCCUCUUACCUGUCCCCAGGGCUGCAAGCACAGCAGUAGGAAAAACUCCCAGGAACUUGUCUCAAAUGGUUUAUUAGAACUUUAGAAAACAGUAUGAAAUCCAACAAAUAAAUACCAAAUAGAAAAGUUUUAUGUGUAUGUAUAUAUAUAUAAAAAUAUGUACACACAGUCCCAACCCCCUUUCAAGUAUUGCACCUGGAGCCAGGCUGCUCCCAUGGGCACCCUGCCAGCCAGGGCUGGGGAUGAGGAGGAGAAGUCUUGGUCUGUGACUAAAUCAGAGUUUUAAAAAAACAAACCUGUCCCUCCUCAGACCUGGACAUGGCAAAACCCUGCAGCUGAGCACACACAGCUCUUACAGAGCCUGCCAGGCCUGCAGGACCUGGCCUGAGCUGCAGCAGGUACAGAGGGACUCGGGGAGUACCAGGCUCUCCUUCUGCACCUAAAUGGCCCCAGCAAAGGAAACCACCAAGCAGUGGUGCUGGAUUUGUUCUACGGCCUGGGAGAGUGAUCAUUUCUCUCCUUGGAGAAUGCCAAAUCAAUACAUCACUUCCUGGGAAAAUUGAUCAUAUUGGACAGAGCUGGAGAAGAGACAGCUAAUUCCUGCAAGAUGGAGGUAAGACCUGGAUCCACAUUCUGAGAGUUCCCAGUUUUCAUUUGUCCAACACUUGAGAGACACUGAGAAAAUGUGUUCCAGGCUGCAUCAUGGAGAUGACAAACUGUCCCCUUUGGAGAUAAACCUGUGCUGGGGCAGGAGAUGGCAGGGACAGGACAGAACAAAGGAAACCAGACAAAACCAAACCCUCAGGUACCCGUGGGGCUGUGAGGACAGCAGGAUCCAGCUCUCCUGUUCCACUACUAAAACACUGUGAUUUCAAUCUCGGCCUCCUGAGCGGUUUCUCUCAGCUCACAGCAGAUCCUGUCCAUCUUCUCAAAGGCCUGUCGGCCCCGUUCCCC